AUGAGCAAGAGCCAGAUCCAGCAGAGGGUCUUGCAGACCAAGCGGAAACAGCAGAGAAAUGAGGCCGAAUCCAUCGAAAAGUUGAAGGUCAAGUGCGCGGAGGAGCACAGCAAGGCCCACGUUGCGCACUGCAAAGACUGUUACGGGGAGGUUGUGGAAACGAUGAGAAGUAGAUAUGCCGAUUCCAAGGAUGAGUGGUUCUCCGACAACAAGGCCUUCUUGAGUGAUCUCGACGGCUUAUUCGCCAAGCUGAGAGACUUUACGGAAGAUCUCAAGUCCAUCGAGGCUCGGAUCGACAAGGAAAAGCAGAGGCACUACCGCGAGACUCUACCUAAAUCGGUUGCAGGACAGAUCACCGAGGCGUCGAUUGGCAAGGAGGAAUUCCAGGCUGCAUUGUACGACGAGCAAAAACCCACCACUGCUCUCAUCGAGGAUGUCCGAAAAGUCGUCGGCAAAGGGGGCAGCAAUUCUCCAGGUUUGGAGGAAUUAGCACCGAAAUUCGACGACCUUCCGCCAGAGAAGGCAACUGAUGUCCUCAUUGACGUCUUCUUCCGCGACCCGAGCACGGGUGAGAUUCCGGCAUCAUGCAGCAAGUACGUUGAGAAGCUGCGGUCCGGAUCGUCCAUUGACGAAGUGAUGGGGGCCAUGCAGGCCGACAAGUCGGCGAGGUCCAACGCUGCUGGGAAUAUGGACCGGCACAAGCGGACACUGAACGAGCUUAAGAGGGCGCAAGCGGCACAUGAGCAGGAUAAGCUCCUGAAAGCUCAGAAGCGGCAGCAGCCUCCGCCUCAGGGUCCGCAAGUCAACAAGGAACUGUACGAUCUUCCGCCUUGCCUCGCUUGCUCCGGCAAGGUGUCGUCAGAGGUCAUCGCGUGCCCUUUGUGUUUGAUCUUUGCCGAGCUGAGCCUCACUAAGAGGACAGUCUUCGACUCGGAGAAGUGUUACGACGAGGCAUAUGAUGAGCACGUGAACACGGCGCACAGCUGUGCGGCAGGCAAGGGAUGCAUCCAGCUCAAGGAGGAAGACGAGGAGAUGGGCGGUAGUGGCGAGGGACCUGUGAUCUGUGAAGAAUGCGCGGAACAACUUGGACAGAGUAUAGUGUACUGUUCGUCCCGCUGCGCAAGCUCGGAUUUCCAAGCCCAUCGAGAGGGAGUUCACAUCCCGAAUUGGAAGGGACUCGGUAUCGACCUUGGCACUCAGGGGGAGCACUUGGUCUAUGACAAUGAUGAGAAGACCAGGUAUCACGUCAACGAUAUCUCCAAAUUCGUGUGGCGCCUUGACGACGCAUUUGAUCGCGUCUUCAAGGGGAACAACCCUGAUAUCAAAGAUUUACAGCGAUAA